UUGUUUUGAUUUUGUCUUUGGAAAACAAGGAUCACACUCUUCCCCCUUCCUGUUCCUUUUCGUAAUCCCCAUUUCUUUAUAGGGGGGGGGAAUCUAAAUGGGUUUUAAGGAUUUUUAGACUGGUGUCAGCUGUCUCUUAUUGCACACCUAAAUCCUGAGAAUAGGCUUUCGUUUUCCCCCAAAAGCCUUUUACUUUGGUAAUUCAGCCAAAUGUAUUUUCCAAAAAGUUAGUUCAGGUAUUCCCCCCCCCCUUUCUUUUCCUUCCUCAUCUUCCUUUCCCUCCAUCUGACUCCCAGACGUUAUUGUCCAAACAUGACUGGACAGCAGCUUUUGUUCCUUGACCCUGUAAUAUGACAGUCUGCUAAUAUUGCCAGGAGGUGCAGUUUUUUGGUUACAGUUGUGAUUUUAGCAAUUCAGUCAUAUUAGCAGGGGAGAAAAUGACUUGUUUCUGUUGUACUUGAGUCUUAAGAAAAAGUGCCCAUAGUUUAGCGACAAUUUCCAAAGGCUUUAGUACCACCUGUAUUUCAAAAUGGGGGACCCAAACUCCCGGAAGAAACAAGCUUUGAACAGACUACGUGCUCAGCUUAGAAAGAAAAAAGAAUCUCUAGCUGACCAGUUUGACUUCAAGAUGUAUAUUGCCUUUGUAUUCAAGGAGAAGAAGAAAAAAUCAGCACUUUUUGAAGUGUCUGAAGUUAUACCAGUCAUGACAAAUAAUUAUGAAGAAAAUAUCCUGAAAGGUGUGCGAGAUUCCAGCUAUUCCUUAGAAAGUUCCAUAGAGCUUUUACAGAAGGAUGUGGUACAGCUCCAUGCUCCAAGAUACCAAUCUAUGAGAAGGGAUGUAAUUGGCUGUACUCAGGAGAUGGAUUUCAUUCUUUGGCCUCGGAAUGACAUUGAAAAAAUUGUCUGUCUCCUGUUUUCUAGGUGGAAGGAAUCUGAUGAGCCUUUUAGGCCUGUUCAGGCUAAAUUUGAAUUUCAUCACGGUGACUAUGAAAAACAAUUUCUGCAUGUACUGAGCCGCAGGGACAAGACUGGAAUUGUUGUCAACAAUCCUACCCAGUCAGUCUUUCUCUUCAUUGACAGACAGCACUUGCAGACUCCAAAAAACAAAGCUACAAUCUUCAAGUUAUGCAGCAUCUGCCUCUACCUGCCACAAGAGCAGCUCACCCACUGGGCAGUUGGCACCAUAGAGGAUCACCUCCGUCCUUACAUGCCAGAAUAGAGCACUGACCAGCAAAAUGGAGAAGAUCAAAGAAUGCAGCAGCAAUGUUUUCUUGUUUUCUUACCACUUUAUUCUUUCAGAGUUUAAGGAAAAUGGACUCAUGCACAGACACUAUGCAUUUUGAAACUUGUUCAUUCUGGAUUUUUUUAGAAAAUCAUUUGUAUCUCAGAACUUAAAAAAAUUAGAUGUCUUCUGCACGGACUGUGAAAGAAGAUGCUUUGCAUAUUUGCUGCACUGCAUCAGCAUCUUACUAAAAAUGUGAUGGGAAAGGACUAUUGUACAUUGAAAUGCUUAGAUGUAUCUGAAAGCAGAAGGUGAUACUCACUUUUGAUGAUCUUUCCAUUAAUGCUGGUUUUUGCCUGUUUGACAUCUGUCAUCAGAAUUUAGAGGGUGAGAAGUGAAUGUAACAGGUAUAAUAACAUUUUAAAAAAAUGUAAUAGCUUUGCUAUAAUCACCGUUGUUCCAGAGCACUGUCAGAUUCAUUCUAACAAGAAGUGGUUGUUUAAAAAAAGCAACAAAUCAACAACAAAACAACCAUGGGAAAGAAAUCUUAAAUGAAAAAAAGCAUCUCAUUGUAGGCAUUCUUGCCUCAUAUUUUACUGGGCUGUGUUUGUUUCCUGGUACUCAUAAAUAUAUGUUGGGUUUUUUUUCCAGAUCUCUUUCCCCAGUUGCUGUUAUAAAGUAUUCUGCUAAGUGUAGUUACAGUUACACACAUUCAAGCAGAUCUGAGGUCUGACUGAUGUAGCUAAUGCAGCUAUAAACUGAGAAUAUAUUCAUAGCUGAAGAAACAGUGAUAGGUAGAAGUUUCUCCUUUUUUGACAUUUGUUUUAUUUUGUUUUGGGGUUUUAAAGAGAGUUUUAUUACAAAGAAAAAAUUCAGUAAAUUGUGAAUAAAUACUGGUUUCUACACCAUGUUAAAGUUUUUGGGGAGAAAGAAAAUUGAGAUCUUAAAUUUAAACAAAAAUUGAAGGUCAAAAGGCAGAAUUCAUUUUGUGCAAUGAAUAUAAGGAAAGACUACUGUAUAGUUUUAUGUUUUGUUUUCUUUCAGAUGAAGAAAAGCUUUGCAAGGGUUGCAUACUUACUGGAGUAAAUCUGAAUGAUCCUACUCCUCCAGAGUAAAACUAGUGCUUACCGGUUUCCAGUUGUAUUUAGCUUCUGGUUGGAAUUUGAAAAAUGAAAACCUAAAUAAAAUAGGUGCAAAUCCCCUGACUAUUCAGGUGAAUACA